CCCUACUUUAAGAAAGUGUUGUUUCCGUUUCCUUUUCAACUUUACCAGUUUCAGUGAAUAGGAAUCACAUUUAGUUAAACGUUCAAUUUGUAUUAAUUCAAUUUAAGUAACCAUCUAAUCAAAAUGGGUAAGCCAAAAGGUAUCCGGACUGCACGUAAACACAAGGAUCAUCGACGAGAACAGCGAUGGCACGACAAAGAUUACAAGAAAGCUCAUCUUGGUACCCGAUGGAAGGCUAAUCCUUUCGGAGGUGCUUCUCACGCAAAGGGAAUUGUAUUGGAAAAGGUUGGAGUAGAAGCCAAACAGCCUAACUCUGCUAUUAGAAAGUGUGUUAGGGUACAGCUCAUCAAGAAUGGUAAAAAGAUUACCGCUUUCGUACCCAGAGAUGGUUGCUUAAACUACAUUGAAGAAAACGACGAAGUUUUAGUCGCUGGUUUCGGUCGUAAAGGUCACGCCGUCGGAGAUAUUCCUGGUGUUAGAUUCAAGGUUGUUAAAGUAGCUAAUGUAUCUUUAUUAGCUUUAUACAAAGAGAAGAAAGAAAGACCUCGAUCUUAAAUGGUACGAUUAUUGACUAUGUAUUUCUUUUUUCAUUUAAAAUAAAAGUCUAACUUAAUAAUGAA